AUGGCACAGUGCAGGCACCAGCACAAGCACCAUUACCAGCACCAGCACAAGCACCGGUUCCAGCACAAGCAUAGGCACCAGAACCAGCACCAGCACCAGCACCAGCACCAGGACCAGCACCAGCAGCAGCACCAGCUUAAGCAUCAGGAGAGGCACAAGGGCCAGCACCAUCACCAGCACAAAUACUGCUUCAAGCACAAGCACCAGCACAGACACCAGCAAGGCACCAGCACCAGAACUAGUACUGUUACAAACACCAGGACAAACAAGAACACCAACACGAAAACCAGCACCAGCUCUAGCACUAGUACAGGUACCAGCACAGGCACCAGCAAAGUCACCAGCACCAACACAAGCACCACCACCAGCACCAGCACCACAAGUACCAGCACCAGCAGCACCAUCCUAAGCACCAAGUCAGGCAUAAGUACCAGCUUCAGCAGAAGCAACAACACAGGCACCAGCACCAGCACCAGGACAAACACUAGGUCCAGGACAAGCACCAGCACUAUCACCAGCACCAGCACCAGCACCAGCCUAAUCACCAGGACAGGCACAAGCGCCAGCACCAGCACUAACACCAGCACAAGCACUGGGUUAUGCACAAGCACCAGCACCACCACCAGUCCCACCACCAGCACUAGCAGCAGCACCAGCACAAGCUCCAGCACCAAUACAAACACCAGAACCACCACCAGCAGCAGCACCAGACUAAGCACCAGAACUAGCACCAGCUGCAGCACCAGCACCAGCACCAGCACCAGCUCUAGCACCAGAACAAGCAUCACCUCCAGCACCAAUACCAGCAUAAGGACAAGGACAGGCACAAGCACAAGCACCAGCACCAGCACCACCACCAGCCCUACCACCAGAACCAGCACCAGCAGCGGCACCAGCACCAGCCUAAGCACCAGGAUAGGCACAAGCGCCAGCAUCAGCAAAAGCAACAGCACAGACACCAGCACCGCUCAAGCACUAACAACUGCACCGGCUCAGGAACCAGCAGAGGCACCAGCACCAGCACAAGCUCAAGCACCAGCAUCAACAGCAGCACCAGCAGCACCUAUAGCAUCAACAUCAGCCUAAGCACCAGAACUUGCACCAGCAUAAGCACCAGUGCCAGCACCAGAGCAAGCAAUUGUUUCAGCACAAGCACCAGUACCACAACCUUCACCAGCACUAGCACCAGCACCUGCCUAAGCACCAGCACAGGCACCAGCACCAGUACCAUCACCAGCUACAGCACCAGCACCAGUACUGCAACCAGCAGCAGCACCAGCCUAAGCAACAGCACCUGCUCCAGCAUUGGUACUGGCAC